CGGGCGCGGGGCGCGCGGAGCCAGCGGAGCGGAGCGGAGCCGCCGCCACCGCCGCCACCCCCGGUGCCCCCCCCGCCGCCGCCGCCCUGCUGCCCCCCGCCGGCACCAUUCCCACCCCGGGGCGGCAGCGCCCCCCGCCCGGGCGGCGGCUCAGCCUGGGCCGUAAAACUUUGCUGGCGGCCGCGGCGGGGGUGGUGAUGGUGCUGGUGCUGGUGGUGCUCAUCCCGGUGCUGGUGAGCUCCGCCGGCACCGACGGCCGCUACGAGAUGCUCGGCACCUGCCGCAUGGUCUGCGAACCCUACGGUCCCGCCGCCGCCUCCCCCCCGCAGCCCCCGGCCGAGCGCGGGCCCCUCCCGCCGCCCUCCACGCUGGUGCAGGGGCCCCAGGGCAAACCGGGCCGACCGGGCAAACCGGGGCCGCCGGGACCCCCGGGAGAACCGGGGCCGCCGGGGCCGGCGGGGGCGCGGGGCGAAGCGGGGCGGCCGGGUUUGCCGGGUCCCGGGGCUGCGGGAGCCGUGAGCGCCGCCACCUACAGCACCGUACCCCGAGUCGCCUUCUACGCCGGCCUCAAGAACCCCCACGAGGGCUACGAGGUGCUCAAGUUCGACGACGUGGUCACCAACCUGGGCAACAGCUACGACGCCGCCUCGGGCAAGUUCACCUGCGCCAUCCCCGGCACCUACUUCUUCACCUACCACGUCCUCAUGCGAGGAGGCGACGGCACCAGCAUGUGGGCUGAUCUCUGCAAGAACGGGCAGGUUCGGGCCAGCGCCAUCGCGCAGGACGCGGACCAGAACUACGACUACGCCAGCAACAGCGUCAUCCUGCACCUGGACGCGGGGGACGAGGUCUUCAUCAAGCUGGACGGGGGCAAAGCCCACGGCGGCAACAACAACAAGUACAGCACCUUCUCCGGCUUCAUCAUCUACUCGGACUGAGCCGGGACCCACGGCAUCCCCCCACAACCGUCCAGCCCCACGGCAUCCCCCGGUGGCCCCGCAGCCCCACGGCAUCCCCCCACAACCAUCCAGCCCCACAGCA